AUGGCCGACAAUAGCACUCCAAUAAGUCUCUUAAAUAGCAACUUCACUGCAGAACCUACAAUUUUUCCAAAAUCUGGAUAUAGCAUUUUGUCAUUUCUGAUGUUUUUAAAUGCAGUAUUUUCAAUAUUUAACAAUAUGUUGGUAAUCAUUGUGACCAUAAAAUAUCCUCAGUUGCGCAGUCCUAUCAAUAUUUUUAUUUUAAACAUGUCAUUUUCUGAUCUGAUGAUGACUUUGUGUGGUACCACUAUUGUGGUCAGCACCAAUUACCAUGGAUACUUCUACCUCGGUGAAAGAUUUUGUAUUUUUCAAGGAUUUGCUGUAAACUACUUUGGAAUUGUCUCGCUCUGGUCUCUGACCAUCUUAGCCUACGAGAGGUACAAUGUUGUAUGCCAGCCAAUAGGAGCACUAAAACUAAGCAGCAUCAGGGGCUUCCAAGGCCUAAUAUUUAUCUGGAUUUUCUGUCUUAUUUGGGCUAUAGCACCACUUUUUGGUUGGAGCUCUUAUGGUCCUGAAGGAGUCCUAACAUCCUGUUCUAUUGGAUGGGAAGUGAGAUCCUGGAACAACUACAGUUACAUAAUUGCCUACUUUCUGACCUGUUUUGUUAUUCCUGUAAGCAUAAUUGGAUUUUCGUAUGGUAAAAUCCUUCAGUCACUUCAUAGGCUAAACAGGAAAAUUGAAGAACAAGGAGGGAAGACUAAUCCAGAAGAAGAAAAGCGAAUUGUACUCAUGGUCUUUUCCAUGGUGAUCGCUUUCCUUGUGUGCUGGUUACCGUACACAAUCUUUGCAUUGAUAGUUGUCAUCAAUCCAACACUUUACAUUUCACCACUUGCUGCAACUCUUCCUACAUACUUUGCCAAGACAAGUCCUGUGUACAAUCCAAUCAUUUACAUCUUCCUUAACAAAGAGUUCAGAAACUGCGCUGUCAAAUGUUUAACUUGUGGUCACAUCAGCUUAUCCACACCUGAAGAGGAAAGUGCUUCUAUGCAAGUCCCUGUUGAAACCAAAGUUGUUUCCAAACCUAACCAAGUGGCACCAACAGAAUAG